AUCCCCCCCGAGGCAGCACCUCUCCAGUCACCCGAGAGCCCCCCGCUGCUCUGUUCUGACACCCUGGGUGGUGCCACCAUCAUCUACCAGCAAGGAGCUGAGGAGUCGACGGCCAUGGCCACGCAGACCGCCUUGGACCUGCUGCUGAACAUGAGCACGCAGCGGGAGCUGGGCAGCGCGGCCCUGCAGGUGGCCGUGGUGAAGUCAGAGGACGUGGAAGCAGGGUUCGCAUCCUCUGGUGGGCAGCCCUCCCCAGCAGGUGCCACUCCCCAAGUGGUAGCCCUCCACAUGGCAGAGCCAGGGGGCAGCGUGGCUGCCGAGAGCCAGCUAGGCGCCCCAGACCUACAGCAGAUCACCCUGGCGCCUGGGCCGUUUGGCGGGGCUGGCUACAGCGUCAUCACGGCACCCACCGUGGAGGAAGGCACAUCGGCUCCUGGCACACCUUACAGCGAGGAGCCCCCCGGGGAGGCAGCCCAGGCCGUGGUUGUGAGUGACACCUUGAAAGAAGCUGGCACCCACUUCAUCAUGGCCGCCGACGGGACCCAGCUGCACCACAUCGAGCUGACUGCAGAUGGCUCCAUCUCCUUCCCAAGUCCAGACGCCCUGGCCUCUGGAGCCAAGUGGCCCUUGCUGCAGUGUGGGGGGCUGCCCAGAGACGGCCCUGAGCCCCCGUCUCCAGCCAGGACCCGCCGAGUGGGGGACCCCCAGGGCUCUGCCUCCCCACCUCCUGCUGCCAGCAAAGCCCUGGGCCUGGUAGUGCCCCCCUCGCCACCAUCUGCAGCCACUGCGUCAUCAAAGAAGUUUUCCUGCAAGAUCUGCGCCGAGGCCUUCCCCGGCCGAGCUGAGAUGGAAAGUCACAAACGGGCCCACGCUGGGCCUAGUGCCUUCAAGUGCCCCGACUGCCCCUUCAGUGCUCGCCAGUGGCCCGAGGUCCGGGCCCACAUGGCGCAGCACUCAAGCCUGCGGCCCCACCAGUGCAACCAGUGCAGCUUCGCUUCCAAGAACAAGAAGGAUCUGCGGCGCCACAUGCUGACUCACACCAACGAGAAGCCCUUCGAGUGCCACCUCUGCGGGCAGCGCUUCAACCGGAACGGGCACCUCAAGUUCCACAUCCAGCGGCUGCACAGUCCCGAUGGGAGGAAGCCGGCGGCCCCAAGCGCGCGGGCCCCGGCCCAGACCCCCAAGACCCCCACCCAGACCAUCAUCCUGAACAGUGACGACGAGACGCUGGCCACGCUGCACACUGCACUCCAGUCCAGUCACGGGGUCCUGGGCCCGGAGCGGCUACAGCAGGCGCUGGGCCAGGAACACAUCAUUGUGGCCCAGGAACAGACAGUGACCAAUCAGGAGGAAGCCACCUACAUCCAAGAGAUCACUACAGCAGAUGGCCAGAUGGUCCAGCACCUGGUGACAUCUGAUAACCAGGUACAGUACAUCAUCUCCCAGGACGGAGUCCAGCACCUGCUCCCCCAGGAAUACGUCGUGGUCCCAGAGGGCCAUCACAUCCAGGUACAGGAGGGCCAGAUCACACACAUCCAGUAUGAACAAGGGGCGCCGUUCCUUCAGGAGUCCCAGAUCCAGUAUGUGCCGGUGUCCCCAGGCCAGCAGCUGGUCACACAGGCCCAGCUUGAGGCUGCAGCACACUCAGCUGUCACAGCGGUGGCCGAUGCUGCCAUGGCCCAAGCCCAAGGCCUAUUCGGCACGGAGGAGUCAGUGCCUGAACACAUCCAACAGCUGCAACAUCAGGGCAUCGAGUACGACGUCAUCACCCUGACUGAUGACUGAGAC